AUGGCGUAUUAUGAGCUGAUCACUAGUCUGGCUGCCGUUUUCCUGCUAGUCUUUCUCAUCUCUCACAGGCCAGAAUUCCCGGAAUAUUCAACAUUCAAAAGAUUUGGCGCAGGAUUUUUUGGUACGAAACCUGUGCACGUAGUUGUCCAGAAUGCGUACGACAAGCUGGGAGGCGUGGAACCGUUUGUGGUGCGGUGGUGGGCGAGAGACAUUGUGAUCAUGCCGCGCAGAUACUUGAAGGACCUGAAGAGUGCCGACAGAAGCCAUAUUAGCUUCUUUACCAGCAUUAGUAGAGCAUUUUACCUACAUACAACAGUUGGCGAUCUCUACACUGCCGACUCGUCGCAUCGCAUGGUGGAUGUUGUCAAGAAGGGAUUGAAUCGGAGACUUCCACAUUUGACCCCAGUGCUUGUCGAGGAGAUUGACUACUCAUUUCACAAGAUCCUAGGUGAAUCUACAGGUAACUUUACUGGACAUCAAUUUCUAUCUGACGACCAGGAGCUCAAUCCGGCUGCAGAGUGGGUAGAAGUCAAGGCUGCUGGGCUCUUUGCUGAAGUCGUCCACCGUGCGGCUACUCGGAUACUCGUCUCAAAGGAGCUAUCUCGAAAUGAAAGGUUUAUCAAGAGGUCUUUAAGCUAUACCAAGUCCCUCUUCGUGACCGCUCUUAUCAUUACCAACCUACCGCUGGGUCCCCUGCGUGGCAUAUUGGCCUGGCCGUUAAGUUGUGUUCGCCAGUGGUUACUUCGCGAAUGUAAGGCAAUCUCUAGACAAUCUGUCAUCAAUAGGGUCGAGGAAAGUCAUAAGCCUGGCCGCCGUGAGGAUUACGAGGAUGCAAUCCAGUGGACUUUGGACCUAUUCCCGCAAACUGGCAUUGAGGUUUCAAUAGAGCGGUUCCAGGCGGAGCUGCUCCAGAACCUGUGGGCAGCGAGCGGAGCACCUGGGGGCGUGCUCACCGAGGUCAUCUUCCAACUACUGUUGCAUCCUGAAGAACUGGAGAUCGUGCGUGACGAGUGUAUACAAAACUACAGGGAGAAUGUAAGCGUCGUACGAACUGUUCGCGACAAGCCUUUCCAGUUUUCGGAUGGCUUGAUAUUGCCCGUGGGCUCAUGGUUCGGCUUCCCUAUACAAGCAUUCCAUCAAGAGGAGCAGAACGGGGCGACCGACCGCUCAACCUUUAUCGGAUUCCGUUUUGUCACCGAGGACGUAGAUCAUUCUAUAAUUAAGGAGAAAACCGAUAAGAUGGGGCCGACUAUGGUUGAUACAAAUAACCUUGUCUUUGGAUAUGGAAAUCAUGCCUGCCCCGGUCGCUUCAUUGCCGUGAAAUUGAUCAAGCUUGUAAUAACAACGCUUUUAAUAGGCUACGAGAUAAAGUGGGAGAAUAAGACACAUAAAAGACCCACUCCUAUCAAUGUCGAAGGCCAAUUUGCUCCCAACAUGGAGCAGUCCAUCUUCAUCAGGAAGCGUAAUGAGACAGCUUGA